AUGGUCGCACUCGAAAUGAUGGAAGACGAUCGCGCCUUACAAGAAGACGAAAUCUUUGCAUUAACUUCUAUUUUCGGGUCGGAUUCAGUCAAUCUCGACAACCAGGCUUCCUCAAGAACCUUUAAUUUCAGAUUGCCACUAGAAUCAAAUCUUUCCUCCACCUUCGACAAACGCAAUCAAUCUUCCAGUGCAAACACGAUCACACUGAAGUUUCGCUUUCCACAUGAUUAUCCCUCGGCAUCACCUCCGAUUUAUGAAAUUGCUAGUUUGUAUUGUGGACCAUUAAAAAUUGAUGAUAAGAUGAGAAACGAGAUCGAUGAGCGGUUCAAGGAACUAUUUGUUCCCGGUCAAGUGAUUAUUUUUGAAUGGGUCGAAUGGCUGAGAGGAUUCUUAAGCCAAAAACUCGCCGAAGGGCAACUGGACGAAACGGAUAUUCACUCUAGUCAGCAGAACCUCGAUUCUUAUCAACCUGAAGAGAAUCCCAAUGUCGAGGAACAACCAUCGGCGCACACAACGACCAUCGAUUGUCCUCCUAUAACAUCCGGCGAACCGUUAGAACACAAGAAAUCUGUAUUCGUAGCACAUCUGGCCCCUGUGCAUAGCAUACAAGAAGUUCAGUUAGUCAGGGAUACCUUGAUGUUAAAUAAAAAAGUUGCAAAGGCCACACAUAACAUCAUGGCCUACAGAAUUGUUCAAGGCAGCGGAGUAAUACUACAAGGCAUGCAAAUUUAA